GUAUUUGGGUUACGAAUGGGUCAGUACUCUCAUCAUUAUGCUGCUGAUACGCCUGCUGCUCUUACUCUUCUGGACCACAGGGAGAGCCACCCAGUCUGGCAAACCCAUUCCCCAGUUUAUGGUGGGUGAGGUGCCGGCCAAAGGAGAGCCCUACCAGAUAGUGCGCAUCAUCGAGUACGUGGUGCCGCAUCCCUACGAGCCACCAGUUAAAAAUAGAGUUGCCACAGACGUGGAGGACAGCCUGGAGAUCAUUGCACCCCACAUUGAGGAUCAGUUUGUGACUACAGCCAAGCCAACGGUUUCCACCAAUUUCAUAGUUAAGAUUUACCCGCUGGUGGGAUUAGUCUGCACUGGAGCCCUGAUCUCCCGCCGCCUGGUGCUGACCUCUGCGCAGUGUUUUCCGGCCAAUCGAGCCCCAGUGCCGGAACAGUAUAUGGUGCAGGUAGCCUCGAGUGCAAUGUAUGAGUUGGACACCAUAGUUAUCGGCCCUUCUUCGGAUCUGGACCGCGAUAUGGCUCUGAUGGUGCUGAGGAUAUCCGUCGAGGAACCUGAAGUUCAGCCGGUGGCUCUUUGUGAUGUUCCACCCAAGCGAGGGGACAAUGUCAUCAUGUACAUGUCGAAGCAGCUUCCGCGCUUCCUGCGUACCCAUGUCGUCUCCAAUCGCAUAUGUAAGAAUACUUUCGCCAGCAUAGAUGUCGCCUACAUCACGGAGAACAUGUUCUGUUCCCACAACUCGAACAAGCGUAAGGAUUGUCAGACGACCAUGGGGGAUCCGCUGGUGCACGAGGAGCGGCUCUGCGGCAUCAACAUCUACGGACCACGCUGCGUGGAUGGAGCCAUUAAUGGGGAUCUCUAUGCGAAUGUGUUCAAGGCCGAGGAGCAUCUGCAGAGCAUGAUCGGGCGCUACAAAUAAAACGAGCUUUAAAUAUGGGGAAGCCACAAAUACAUUUUAUUGAGCAUGUUACCGCAGUGCAUUGGGCAGCCCAAAUCAAA